AAAAUCAUAUACAUUUGGGUUAUAUAUGAUAAUGAAACGCUAUUCAGAAGUUCUGUAAUACGCGUGAAUGCACGUGAGCGCACUGCACUGCAUCACUGGCGCGCGCUUCGGGGAAAUCCUCAGACAAAACAUAGACAAAUAGGGUUUUUUUCUGUUUGCAGGAAAAUCAUGAACAUAUAUAAUCAGAGUGGUGGAGGUGUUGUGUCGGAGAGCCGUGCAGACUCGGAGACACCGGCUAAGCUGCUGUUUGGCAUUGGUACGGACAACCUGGUGACGCUGCUGGUGUUCGGGCUGAUCUUCGCGCUCGGGGUGGUGGGAAAUUCGCUGGUGAUCGCCGUCCUGGUGCGGCGCAGAGCGAGGCAAAGCCGCGGCACCACUAACAUCUUCAUCUUUAACCUGGGUGUGGCUGACCUGUCCUACCUGCUGUUCUGCGUGCCCUUCCAGUCCACCGUCUACAUGCUUCCCACGUGGGUGCUCGGCGCCUUCAUCUGCAAGUUUGUGCACUACUUCUUCACCGUGUCCAUGCUGGUGAGCGUCUUCACGCUGUCCGCGAUGUCCGUGGACCGCUACGUGGCCAUCGUGCACAGCCGGAAGUCCUCGUCUAUCCGCGUGGCGCGGCACGCGCGGCUCGGGGUGCUGGGCAUCUGGGCGCUCUCGCUGGCUAUGGCCGCGCCGGUCGCUUACCACCAGCGCAUCGUGGAGACCGAGGAUAACAGCACAUUCUGCUGGGAAGUGUGGUCUGAUCCCAAGAGCAGGAAAGUCUACGUGGUGUGCACAUUUGUCUUUGGCUACCUGUUGCCCUUGAUCCUUAUUUCUUUCUGCUACGCAAAGGUACUGAAUCAUUUACACAAAAAUCUGCGAAACAUAUCUAAGAAGUCAGAGGCAUCGAAAAAGAAGACAGCACAGACCGUUCUGGUGGUGGUGGUGGUCUUCUGCCUGUCCUGGCUUCCCCAUCAUGUGGUGCAUCUCUGGGUGGAGUUUGGUUCGUUCCCCCUGAACCAGGCUUCCUUCCUCUUCCGUGUGGUGGCUCACUGUCUGGCCUACAGCAACUCCUCAGUCAACCCCAUCAUCUACGCAUUCCUCUCUGAGAACUUCAGGCAAGCCUACAAGCAGGUGUUUCAAUGCCAGGUGGGCAGUGAAUGCCCAACACAGGACGCUCGAGAAACAAGAAACAAGAUGGAGAAAGUUCCACCCACUAACUGCACCACGGUUUAACUUCCUACACCCAUUGACUUGACUUUGUUUUGCUCGUUUAGUGCUGGAGAUUGCUUCAGGUACAAGUGGCAGAUGUAGUGGACAAGCUGUAGUCUUUUUCUGUCCUGUAAUCAAGCACAGUCUCACAAUUCAAGCUGUUUUCUCAUUUUAUUUAUGGUCUCUGAUAUAACCUAAUAUAAAUUUUGCAGGGAGAAAAAUGCUAUUCUGUACUAUGUUAAUAAGUGCUGUGAAAUAUUUGAAAUUUUUUUUUUUUUUACCCAUUGUCUUUCUGGAUUUUUUUUUUUUAAAGUCUGGACGUAUCUAUGACUUGAAAUUGAUGUUUCGAGAUUCGCACUUUGACCUGGACCAGAACAUUUCAGCUUGUUUGAUGUUUAAUUACUCUGUGUAGAAUAUUGUUUCAGUAGCAUUACUUAAAUUACACUUCUACCAUCUACCACAUUGCCUCCACCCACCACCUGAUCCCAAGAGGAAGAAGAAAAAUGGACCAGGAAUAAGCCUGUAUACGCCUGAACUAGGAGCAUCAACGUCCACAGAGACCAAACAAGAAGCUGGAAUAGACAAAGAGGCUAUACUAUUAGAAGUCUGGAAAUACACAGAAAAAAACAUUUCACUCUUUUUUAAAGCAACAGUUUAUGAUAGUAAAGUUACACAGUAAAUCUUGAAUUAUUUAAAUGAUUUAAAUUAGUUUAAAUGGUGACACCAGGCUUUAAACUCAUUGAGAAUCAUAAAUAGUAUAUUACAGAAAUUGGAUUAAUGUUAUUUAUGCAAAUGAGAAGAAAAAAAACGCAGGUGAGGACAACCUUACAGCCUUGGAUGAGUCAAUGUUUGUGCACAUUCACGGACACAGUGACGCACAUGUGGACUUGUUUUUGGACUGGUUUAUACAAGCUCUGCUGGCCGGAAAUUGUGCUUCCACAAAACAGGUCACCCCCCUGUGUGCUGUGUGUGUUGAUAGAGUCAUUUUCAAGACUCCUGGGUUCACUCACCAGUGCCCUAAUCUGGAUGUUCAUCUUGUACCCCUGUCUGAUCUGUCUCCAUCUGAGCUAACUUCACUUUCUCACAUUUAUGCAGGUAAUAAAUGAUUUAGUUAAAUUGUCCCUUGUGGCUUAGAUGCACCAUUUUAGGGGAGCAUCAUUAUGACAUCACUUGACUAUACACCACAGUGUCAAGGUGUAUUAUUAGCAUUAGCUUUUUUACUUUGGUGUCUGUUGAAAUGACUUGUCACAUGAAUAGAUUAUAUAUUAGAUCUCUAUGUACUCUUCUACCAAGUCAUUGUGCUUCAGGUACAUCAGCAAAUACGAGUGAGACAAUUCUAUGUAAAUAAUUCUGACAUUAUUGGCCUAAUGUGGCUUUUUAAAAAUGAAUUCAACAUCAUCCCUGACAAGGGAACUAGUUUUGAAAAAUAUAAACAAGAAAGAAAAGUGUAUUUAAGUAUAAUUAGUAUGAAAAGUACAUACUUUUAAUGUCACCACUAUUCAUUUCUUUACAUGUAUUUAAAUUCUAACGAUAUUGUAAGUGCAAUUUGUUGUGAUUUUGAGUGAUUCUUUCAAACAACAUAAGAUGCACUCAAGUAGAUUUAAGAGUAUCAUUUAUAUACAUAAUUGUUAUUACACGUGAACUACAUUAUAAAUACAGAGGAGAGCCAGCAAAAAAUGGAACACGGCACAAUUGUAACAUGCUUGUUUUCUCUAAAUGAUCACAUGGAACUGCGACUUCAUUACAUGCAUAUAAACAUCACUUCUCCUGUCUGUCUGGAAAAAAAACAGAGGGAUUCAUCCAUUCAUCCUGGAGAAAUGUGCAAAAAAAAAAAAAACUUUUUUCUGCCAUAUAUAUACAAGUAUGUAACUAAAGCUGAGUGACACCAACUUAUUUGGUGCCUAUUUGGUGCUUGGACCCCUAAUAAGCAACACAUAUUACCAACAGGGUUGAAAACAAAGUCAAAUAUCAUAUAAAGCUUUACUAUGGACUACAAGAUAAGAGAAUUUCAAGCAACAACAAUAGCACCAAAGACAAAAUCUAUAUAACUUUGAAACCCAGCAGACUUAACUCAGUUCUCAUAGACAGCUAAUGAUUGAUGCUAGUGGUAUUCCAUCAGGACCUAAUUCCAGGAGACAUAGGGAUCAAAUUGUUCUUGGCCGCCCACUGCUGGACAUAAGAAGGUUCUGUGUGUAUGUGUGUGUGUGUGUGUGUGUAUGUGUGAGACACAGAGAGAUUUCUCCAAUUCGCCUUAGGCUAUACCAUUCAUAUUAUUAUCUUGCAUUUGUGGCUAGUAUUAUAAAAAUAAAAUAAAAUGAUUUUAAUAUUGCAUGUUCAAUGAAGAAAACAAGAAG